AUGCCAUCUAAAUCGGCCACUACUCCAGCGAAAGCCCAGGAAUUGGCCAAGCUAUGGCUCACGAAAGGGGGCAUUUCUCAUGAGGAUUCUGAUGAUGAGCUUGGAUGUGAAGACCUCCCUUGGGAAUGGAUUUAUGAGUCCGAUACUGCAACCAAUGAUUCAGAGCAGCUUCAGGACGAUACGCCAAGGAAAAAGAAAGGCAAGCUAUCAAAUAUAGCUCGUACAAAAAAGGUUAUAGGGGCUCGAAUGGGUUCGUUUGAAUGCAGGCUGGGGCAAGCCGUUCUCUUGAAAUCUCCGGAAGCCGGGAAGGACUGGGCUGGGAUUAUUUGUGAAUUCCUCGAGGAGAGAGACAGCGAUGAAGAAGACAACUUGGGUCGAGGACCAGUGAAGGCUGCAAAUAUCAUGUGGUUUGCAUCACCAGAUGAGUUUUUAUCAACGAGGAAAAAGAAACGCUCCGACGCCCUCCCAAAUGAACAGUAUAUCACUGUUGAUUUCAAUGUGAACCCUUUAGCUUCUAUUAAUGGGAAGGCAACCGUGCUUUCCAAAGAUGCCUUUUAUGCUAAAUACCCUAACGGCAAACCCCCAAAGGGCCGGGCUGCUUUGGCCGAAUAUAAUAAAUGUAUAAUUUGCCGAAGGGGCGUAAACCAGCUCCAAGGGCGAUACACAGAAGAAUUUGUAUGGGAAGAGGUCUUCAAGGAGAAUGAGCAAGGCAUAUUUGCUCUUAUCGAGACAAUCACAGCUGGCUUAAAGAGAACGCGGAAGCGAAAAGUGGAUGAACCUGAUACACAAAUCCACAACACCGCUCCAACGACGCCGAAGAAAAAGCAGAAGACUACAUCUGUGGCAGGAACCCCACAGUCACAACGCAGAAAGGUUCUUAUGACCCCUACUCAAAAAAGGUAUUUGAGGACUUCCGCGUUUAUCGUUAGCCUUGAAGAUAUUGACUCUAGCAACAGGAUCCUCGUUAAAAAGCCACUUGAAUUUACACCCCUUGGAACGCGCGUGCUCUCUCCUUCAUAUUUUUCCUCUCCUUACAGGCAAGCCCGGAAUCUCCUUCAUGUCUCCACCGUUCCUAAUUCUCUCCCCUGUCGAGAUGCGGAAUUCAACACUGUUUAUGAAAGCCUUCGUGUGGCAAUCACAGAAGGCACUGGGACGUGUAUAUAUAUCUCCGGUCCUCCAGGCACCGGGAAAACCGCCACUGUACGAGACGUUAUCGCCCACCUGAAUGCGGCAGUACUGUCUGAAGAGAUGGAUGAUUUCAUCUUCGUCGAGAUAAAUGGGAUGAAAGUCACGGACCCACACCAGUCUUACUCCUUGUUAUGGGAAGCACUGAAAGGAGAUCGUGUCUCGCCGUCUCAUGCCCUAGGCCUUUUGGAGCGAGAAUUCUCAAGGCCGUCCCCACGCCGAGUACCGUGUGUUGUCUUGAUGGAUGAAUUGGACCAACUUGUCACAAAGAACCAAUCUGUCAUGUAUAACUUUUUCAACUGGCCGGCUCUCCGGCACUCCCACCUUGUAGUUCUGGCUGUUGCGAACACUAUGGACCUGCCAGAAAGAACACUCAGCAACAAGAUAUCAAGCCGCCUGGGCUUGACUCGGAUCACAUUCUCGGGGUAUAAGCAUCAAGAACUCAUGGAAAUCAUUGGCUCGCGGCUGGAGAAUGUUCCAGGGAACAUCGUGGACUCCGACGCGAUUCAGUUUGCCAGCCGGAAAGUGGCAGCCGUCAGCGGAGAUGCACGUCGAGCACUCGACAUAUGUCGUCGGGCGGUAGAAAUCGCAGAGCAAACGAGCCAAUCUAUUCAAGCCAACGCCAACAGUCACGCUCUAGACGUAGAUGAAGAUCUACCGCCAACGCCUAGCAAAAGCACCAAGCGCCGUGGUCAACAAAAAGUGAAAGAAUCGCUGCCAAUCUCACCAAGCAAGGAAAACAACAAGCCUCCGCAGCCAGCCCUCCUUCCUCGCGUCACGAUCGCAACGAUCAAACAAGCUAUCCAAGAAGCAACAUCUACGCCUCUCCAACAAUCCCUUCGCUGCCUCCCUCUCUCCGCCAAAGUUUUCCUUUCUGGACUCCUCGCCCGCGUUUGGCGUACGGGAAUCACCGAAUCUACCCUUGGUGAGAUCCAGGACGAAGCAAAACGUAUAUCAGAAGCCGCAGUUGCCAUUGCCGGCGUUGCAAGUGCGGCGUUGAAGGAAUAUAUACUCUCACAGUCAUGUGUUCACGCCAUGGGAUUUGCCACGGUAGAGCUGAUGAAUGCGGGAAUCUUGGUACUAGACGGGGAAUUAGGGGCCAAAAGUGCGUAUGGCAUGGGGUAUGCAUUAGGCAAGGGAAAUCGAAGUGGAAGGGUGAGGUUGAGGAUCUCGCCGGAAGACGUCAAGGCAGCGUUUAGGGAUGAUGCAGAGGCCAAAAUGUUAGGGAUUAGGUUUGAGAAUUAG